AGUCGAAACUCGCGCGUCGUAGCAUGCUACGCGUCUCACAUUCGUGAACUUUGCUACGUAACUUUCGCCAAAAUGCAGUACUCAUCAAUAGUCUUAAUCCUUUUCAUCGGGGCGGUGACCUGCGCUCCUGAGCGCGUUGAGAGCGACCACGAUAAUGACCACGUGGACCAGAACGCCCAUGACCACGACCAUGUCGCCCCAUUGGAGAAGAGAUCACCCCACUACGACUUCGGCCUGGGCAAGAGAGCAUAUAGCUACGUAUCGGAAUACAAACGCUUGCCUGUCUACAAUUUUGGACUCGGCAAAAGAUCCCGACCAUACUCCUUCGGUCUCGGAAAGAGAUCAGUAGAUGAAGAAGCUUCAGAAGAAGAAUUCUCCAAUGGAAUAGAGCAGCCCUCGCUUUCAGAAGUAUUUGAAUACGACGAGGUACCAUCAGUAGGAUACGAAGUGAAACGCGCGCGUCCCUACAGCUUCGGACUUGGCAAACGCUUUGUUGAAGACGAGGACACCGAAGAGAAACGAGCCAAAAUGUAUGAUUUCGGGCUGGGCAAGCGGCCACACCUGUACAGCUUCGGUCUUGGCAAGCGAGCAAGAAGCUACAACUUCGGUCUUGGCAAGCGUCUCAGCAGUAAAUUCAACUUUGGACUCGGCAAGCGUGAAAGAGACAUGCACAGGUUCAGUUUCGGCCUCGGCAAGCGAUCUGAGACUCCGGAAGAAAGCGACAACUACUUGGACGUUUAAAUUGUAAUAAAUCACACGUGGUCACCCGAAAUAAUUUUCGUCUUAACGCAUUCGUCUAGUUAUAAAUGAUCUGGGAUUCGCGUUUGUUAUUGAUAGCAAUCCUUUAGCCACGUGGGGUUUACUAUCGACUCGAUUUCAAUAUUUUCAAUAUAAUGUGUUAAUAUCGCUUAGGUUAAGUUCAUAAUCUUAGUGACAUUAAAUUCCGUUUGUAACAUAAGUAAUUGUUGUAUUGAUAUUUUGUGUAAAAUAAUGUUAUAGUGGCACAUACUUGUAAAUUUAUGGAUCUACGAAUUUUACUGUUUAAUCAAAAACUGUUGAUUUAUCGAUAUAAUUUACAUUUAAAGUAUUUUGAAUGAAAUUUUUUUCAAAUCUAUCGCUUGAUGUUGCUUCAUUUUAAUUAAUCAUAAUUCAGAUUUUUAAAUAUAAUAUAUCAUAGAAUUUGAAUCGAAUACAUUUUUAAGUCUGUAAAAAAAUGUUUCUCAAUCUUAUAUAAGAUAAAGCCAGCUACUCAAUUCAGUAUUUAUUGAACUG